AUCGGUUGAAAUCACCGGGGGAGAGCCUGUAAGCGCUGUCAGGCAGGGAAUCAGUCCUGCGAGUUAGCGCAGUGUCAUCAGAUUGCGGCUGCCUCUCUGCACUUCAAAAUGGCCAGCGAGAGAAAUCACAGCCUGCUGCCGCACACACGCUCCGUUCCUCCAUUUCCACAUAACGUUACUGCGACACCACUGCUAAAAGACGAGCUGAAAGAAGCCCAGGCUGCUCCUGUGUCCAGCCGUCUCAGAGAGAAAGAAAGCGUCGUCGUGUAAAAGCCCGUUUGUGCCGUACGAGACCCUAAACAAACGUUUCAGGGCGGCUCAGAAAAACAUCGACCGGGAGACGAGUCACGUGACAAUGGUGGUCGCAGAGCUAGAGAAGACGCUCAGCAGCUUCCCAGUGGUCGACUCCGUGGUGUCACUGCUGGAUGGUGUGGUGGAGAAACUCAGCGCCCUGAAGAGGAAGGCUGCAGAGUCCAUCCAAGCAGAAGACGAGAGUGCCAAGCUGUGUAAGCGUCGCAUCGAGCACUUGAAGGAACACAGCAGCGACCAGCCGGCCUCAGUCAACCUGUGGAAGAAGAAGCGCAUGGACCGAAUGAUGGUGGAGCAUCUGCUGCGCUGCGGCUACUACAACACAGCUGUUAAACUGGCCAGACAGAGCGGUAUAGAGGAUCUGGUCAACAUUGAGAUGUUCCUCACGGCGAAGGAGGUAGAGGAGUCUCUGGAGAGGCAGGAGACGGCCACUUGCCUAGCCUGGUGCCAUGACAACAAGUCCCGCCUCCGCAAGAUGAAGAGCUGUCUCGAGUUCAGUCUGAGAAUCCAGGAGUUCAUUGAACUCAUCAGACAAAACAAACGCAUGGAUGCAGUCAGACAUGCAAGGAAGCACUUCAGCCAAGCGGAGGGUGGACAGUUGGAUGAGGUUCGGCAGGUGAUGGGCAUGCUGGCCUUCCCAUCAGAUACACAUAUCUCCCCAUACAAGGAUCUUUUGGAUCCAGCCCGCUGGAAGAUGCUGAUCCAGCAGUUCCGAUACGACAACUACAGACUGCACCAGCUGGGAAACAACUCUGUCUUCACUAUCACUCUACAGGCUGGUCUGUCUGCCAUCAAGACACCUCAGUGCUACAAGGAGGAUGGUACCUCUAAGAACCCAGACUGCCCAGUGUGCAGUAAAUCCCUCAAUAAGUUGGCCCAACCGCUUCCCAUGGCCCACUGCGCCAACUCCAGACUAGUGUGUAAGAUCUCCGGGGAGGUCAUGAACGAAAACAACCCUCCAAUGAUGCUGCCUAAUGGAUAUGUGUACGGUUACAACUCACUUCUGUCCAUCCGCCAAGACGACAAAGUGGUCUGUCCCAGAACCAAAGAAGUCUUCAACUUCUCUCAGGCUGAAAAGGUCUACAUCAUGUGAUCGCUCAGAUAACCAGUCUGAGUAUUAACAUGAUCGAAUAUGGCCCGUCAUUCAUCACCUGUGACCCGGCCUACUCGGAGAGCAACCUGUGGAGCUGUGAUCCAGUGCCCUCCUCCUCCCCCCCCCCCCCCCCCCCCAACAGACACACCCGGCAUUUCCCAAAAGCACCCCUCCAAAUACCUGAUCAGCUCAAGUUCGCCAGUUCUCUUCCCCCUCCAAUUUUAUCACACAGAAACUGGGAUCCUCUCCUUUCAGACUCUGUUUUAGACGUGGCUCGAGAACAAGAUUGAUCUGAUCCAUUCAAGCACAUGGACUAUCAACAUUGUUAUUAUCUUAAACACGCCCUCGCUGUGAAGUUUAGAGACUACAGAAAAGGACUGAGUGGCUGAAAAACUGCUUGGUAGACAUUUGAUUUUUAAUACAACAAAUAAAAAAACUUGUUGAGGUUACUUUGACUUUUCACUAGUGGUGUUCCUUUGUUACUAAAAAUAACAUGUGUCAGGACUGUGUUAGCUCUCCAUUAACCAGAUUAGCACAUGACAUCUGGGCCAAAACAAACAUGGUCUGCCUCCUGGUCAUGUGGUAGCAUCUCAUUCUGUGAUGCAUGCUGUUGACAUUCUUUGUCUUCUAGCCAUGUUUUUUGGUUGGAGGGAUAUUUGUUAAAUGCCUCUUCUAAACUGCCUACUUUUUUGCAUUUCAUCCCCCGUUGGUUGUGGAACUGGAGCCUGAUUUGGGCCGCAGUAGGCUCCUUUUCAAAUGUAAAUAUUAGAUAGGAAUUGAUCAUCCUCAUGAAUAACUUCAGAGGUUUUGGGGACAAGGAACAACAACGACGAUUAACUUUCUACAAAGAUUGCUGUGUGACUUGAACAAGUCUUUUCUUGGGUGUUUACCUGAUAUAUCCCCAAGUUAACCGGUUGUUCAGUAAAACAUGGUAAUAUUGAUUAUGGUGUAUUUACUACCAUAAUUACAUUCACAUGAAAUUCAAACAAGACAACCAUCUUUAAUUUAAUUUUUUUAUUGAACAAAUUGUCUUCCUUUUUUCAUGUGUGAGGUUUGUCAUGUUCAGUUCUCUUCUUUCAGUUAAAAGAAAGAGUGCAUUUUAGUGAACUUAAGAUAUUUAUUCUGUUUUAAAGAUGAAGCCCUGGGUGCUUUUUAGUUAAUUCAACCUCGCCCAAAUAGUUUGAAUUUCAUUCUAUUUUUUCAACAAUGAACGAGACAAUAAAGAGAGACUGUGCUGAUAUUUUUUUUAUGACUUUGAAAAAACUGUAGAUGAUGGAUGGAAAUGUACACAAACCUGGACUCAAGUGACAACUAAUGCACAAAUAACCCUUCAAUUGUGAAAGUCUUAAACCUAUAAACCCACAUUAAGAAAUCCAAAAAUGCAGUUUUAUGUUGAUCAGACUUUUGGUCAAUCAUUUCUUCCAUUUGUUGUUUAUCGACAAACCAAAAGUUGCCUAAUUUGUGUCCAUAGAUGAUUUGGAAGUGUAUCUGUAAAAGACACAGACUGUCCUGUGUGCUUGUGUUGGUAGAAUAGAUGAAGGGAUUGUUUCAUGAGCAAUAUGCCUCAUAAAGAUUUCAGUGAACUUUGA